UUCAUCACUAACCUCAUUCCUUCAUUCGUUAAUUACCACGCAAACUAACCUCUGCCGCAGAUAAACUCAAACUCAAACUCAGCUACGUACGCUCCUGCAAUCAACAAGACGCCGGCCGGAGUCGUUUCGCGUUUCAGUUCCGUGGUUGAAGAUGAUGAAGUCCGUGGUUUUCUCCAUCUUGUUGGCUUUGGCCAUUUUCUCGGCUUCCUGUUUCCAGCCAGCUGAAAUGAGACCGCUCAAGGAAGAGGAAGGUGGUAGUACUGCGAAUCAUCUAUUCCUUCUCCACUCCCUACAGAAGGGCUCGGGUCAAGGGUCGGGUCCAAAUCCCUGCACCAACAUCCCCGGUCGGAGCCCCGGAACUUGCACACGUGCCGUGAGCGCGAUGAACGUUGCCGGCGAUGUGUUCGCCAGCCGCCGGCCGCCUCACCAUCGGCCUCUUGCGGUUUCACGUCUCGCCGUUACUGAAGUGACCGGUCGUCGGCAAGGUUCUCAGAGUUCUUGAGUACUUAUGUUGAUGUGAAAAGUUUGUUGUUUCGGUGUCGUGUGAAAACUGAAAAGUUUAAAGGCAACUUUUUUUUUUUUACAGUUUGGUGUCUCCAUGGGAAACGAAUUGUUGAGUUGGAGCCCACUUAACAUAGUUUCAUUUAAUUUUUCUUCUCCUUUUUCCUGUACUUAUUUUAACAAGCACAUGAUCGCAUACCACUUUGUAUUAAUGAAAUGGAUCAUUGAAU